GUGCUGUCGGAUGUGAAGUCGCCACGAUGCAGGGUCGUGAGAACCUCUUUCCUGGGCGAGCUCGCAUUCCGCGAGCUGCUGGGCAGAAAAUUUCCCACAUGGCAACGUCGAGCUGUCGAUGCAAAAUUAGACUGACGCUUCGCACCAUGCCUCGAACAUGACCUCGGAAUGCAUUCGCUUAUCUAACUAGCAUAUCCUGCUGCGAUUUUGGACAUGGACGACACCAUCUUGUAUAUGAGUGACGAGCUGAAGCUCAAAGCAUUCGAGCUCAACUGGGCAAAGCUAGAGGCUUCGACGACACACUUGCAGCUCAAUGCAUUGAGGCUUUGCGUGCGACUCUUGCCUCAAGUCAAGCCCGGCCAAUCUAGCGAGCCCCACGAGAAGCUUAGAGAUCUUCUGUUACGUCGGCUCUUGGACGAAAGGCAGGACCAGGAGCACCUUUACCAGCUCGCCGAAGCAUGCACCAAAAACGCAUCGUUCGCUGUCUUGCUCUUCGCGACAAUAAAUGAGAAUCUAGAGCACGCCAUCGCAGAUAUCCCGAAAGGAUCUGAACAUACGGAGUCGAACGUGUCUGUAGAGGAGCACACACGACGGACAGCGGCAUUCAUAACAUUCCUCAAAUGCUCAUUCUGGUUGCCGCCAGACAGCUUACAUGUCCUUAGCCCUCAUCUGCUCGGGCUACUACUGUCUUUCGUCGGAACCGAGGGCUUGACCGAAGCUGCACUUGACGCAGCGUCGGCUCUCCUGUCCCUUUCAAGUCUUCGUCGUCAAACACCAAUCCACGUCGCUAGCCCUGGGACUGAAGCGCCAUGGACAGAAUUGGACACUGCAUCUGGGCAGUUUGUUCUGUCCCAGCCAGUUGUCAAUGAUUCUCUAUGGAAUUGUUUCAAACUUCUCCCUCCAGCACAAUUCGAGAACAAGUCGAGCAACUUGUUCAAGGUCUGGUUCCAAUGGAUCUCUCAGGCAGCCACAGAAGGCUUCGAUCCAGAAGGCGUAUAUGAGGACCUAUACUGGGCUAGAAUAAGGGUGGGACUGCUCACUGGAUUCGCUGAUCAGCGCAAAUACUGUCUUGGAAUAGUUCGGGCUUCUUUGCUGGCUGCACGAAGAGACAUCAACACGCCCACUAUGCGUCUUCAAGUUGACAAACGAGACAUCUACAUCAAGGCUUACGAUCGUUACCUCAUUCUCUAUGAGACGAUUGUACUCGACCGCUAUGCAAAUCAGAUCGAAGCUUGCCUUUCCGAGCUGUCAGCACUCUUCGGUCACUCGGUCGUCACUGCCUCCAUGGCAACCACAUUACUUUCCUCGGGACUAGAUCCUCAAGUCCAAGAGAGCACCCGCAAGAUCGUCGGGAAUUGGUACUUUGGCUUCGUAAGCGGCAGUGAAGAUCCUCUUGCGAAGGACCAAGAGUCCUUGAAGGAACAUACCAGCUUUCUCAUCAAGGGCUUCCUGCCAUGGGCCACUCAGGGCAGUCUGUUUGCUUCCACACUAAAGGCCACCCGCGCCAACACCAAGUGCGUUCACGGCGCCGCGCUAGCUCAACUCAUGGCUCGCUUCGCUGGGUCGGUGUUUUCAGAUUCUGCGUACCGUGAAGAGCUGCUUGUUUCGGUAUUGAACUUCGUCCUUGAUGCGGGAGGCAGAAUGUUCCAAAUGUCGCCCCUUUAUCUGAUGGAAGGGCUGAUCAGAGGCUUCGACGAAGCUGCUCAAGAAGGGGGGUCGACACAGCUCACAGAGCGAACAAUAGGCGUCCUGCUGCGUGUCUCGAGAAUCACUGGCCUCCCAGAGAUUGCAAGCGACUUGUGCAAAGUGUACUGCAGGCGUCUGUGUGAAUAUGCUGACCCCUCUCUAAACUUGGACUCGGUCCCCGGAUAUAUCGCACUACCUGCCAGAGUGGAAGAGCUCAGCAGACCUGAUAGUGUGUCCGAACUGCGAGUCGCAGCAGCGUCAGAUGGAAAGUUGACGUCUCUCUCAAGUUUCUUACAGAUACUGCAAGACACCAAACAUACAUACAUCCAGGGCACUGCUUACGCUACUGCAUGCAAUCAGCUUGUAGCGUACCUGAACAAGGCGGAGCUCUCCUCGAUUGAUUCGGAUGAGCUCUACACUGCUCUGGAUGCCAUGUGGGAAGAAGCCGACCGCCGAGAGUUCACCAGGUCUGUUGCCGUGCAUCUGCCAACGUUGCUAUUCCAUCCAACCUGCAUCAAGGUUUGCCUGCGAGGAUAUACGAAUGCUUCGGGAGACGCCUCAAGAAACGACAUGCAUGCCCUUUUAACAAAGGUGGUAACAACCUUGCGACAACUUUCCGAGGGAAGGUCGUAUCUCCUUGCGAGUUUCGCGACCUCCUUGUGCGAAGCUGCUUUGUCACAUCCAUCUAUAAUCGAGGCUCUUCCCUACGAAGAGGUUAUACUUCGGUUUGUGAACCAUCCUCCAGCCGCAAAGGUGGAGUUCCAGUUCGAGGUGAUUGCUGCAGCCAAACUUCAACACUACAUACCCCACCGCAGCUACGCUUCGUACUAUGGGCAGCGCGAGUGGCACGCGUACGCCUCCUGGAUCAACUUCCUGAACCGUUUUCCAGAAGAGCAGAAGCACGUCGCAAAACGCAUUUUCGAUCAAAUACUCGAGCCAUGGGCCGGCCAGAGAGGUUCUGUACCUGUUAUCGCCAAAUGGAAGGACGUGUUCCAACUGCAAGCUAUGCUUGUACUCGUUGAACACUGUGUCUCAGAGGCUGACGCGGACGCAUACCUUGACAAAUUCAUGCAUGCCCUUACUGUGGAACAAUGGCCGCGCUACCGCUUCGUCCUCGAAUGGAUCAUUACCCGUAUUUAUUUCCAGUAUCCGAGCAGAGCCGGCCGCAUCCCGAAAGACCUCGCUCAUCUCGAUGAGACCAGUCCAAACCACAUAGCCUCUCUGAUGAGGCUGGCAGUUCUCACGGCGCCCUUCCUGGACUCGGAAGAAUUUGCGCUGAACCUCGUGAUCCAGCUUAUUCCUUUCUCGGCCAGCCAAAAAGUGCACGUCAGGCAUGAAGCCCAUCUCUCUUUUCCGAUGAUCUUCGAGCUCGCGGAGCAGAAGGGCUGGACAAACAUCACUUCAAACCCCGGCUUCGCGGUCCUGAACACGCAUAUUCGCCAAACCGAAAAGUUCAAGGCUCCAGCAUGGUCUAUCAGGACACUCAGAAUUGAUGCUGUUGCUGAUUUCACACUCACUGAGAUUUUCCAGGGCCAAUAUUUGUACCUUGAGGCUCCCGAGCCGAUGCGCGUUGCUCAUGAAGACUUCAUAUCCCUCUCCAAGGCCAGCAACGAUACAGUCGUGCAUUCAGCACGCAUCAACUUAGGCACCCCCAGGGCUCAAGUUGAUAUUCCUGUCAACCCCAGGCCAGUAGAAUAUGUCCUGGAUGAAGACGGUGUCAAGUCCAAUUUCUUCCAGACCAAGUCUGGUUUCGACUUCAACUCGCUUCUUCCAGCUGCGGGUGCACCUCACCUACAAGACAAGCAGCCAGCUUCCGUGAUCUUGGUCGCCUCGCUCAUCGACAAUCCCACCAACCUAGGCGGUCUCUCGCGUAUCUCCGAGUCUUUCGGUCUGGAAACGCUCUACAUCAACGACAUCAAGAAGACGACCCACAAAGACUUCAAAGCUACCAGCGUGACGUCUGAGAAGCAUCUUCCCAUCAAGGAACUGAGAGAAGCGAAUGUGCCAAACUACAUCACGAGCAUGAAAAGGAAGGGUUACGAAGUGGUUGGCAUUGAGCAGACAGACCGCAGUGGUAUACUAGGUGACGAAGACGCUGAGGGAGCAAAGGAUAUCGGCACGCUUCCCAGACGCUGCGUGCUUGUGCUCGGGGCUGAGAAGAGCGGUAUUACGCCUGAGGUGCUGAGCGUUAUCGACCGCUGUGUGGAGAUCAGGACGGUGGGUGUCACGCGGAGCUUGAAUGUGCAGACGGCGGGAGGCAUUGCUGUGUAUGAGUGGUGGAGAGAGUGGCAUGGACAGAUGUAGGCUAGAUAUCUAGUUUGGGAUACAGGCCAUGAUUUAGUAGAAUUUGAUGACUUCCGGAUUCGUCCCUUCUGUUUGCUAUGAUAAACUGAACAGUUGAACAUCCCUGGCUCAUUUAAAGUUCGUAUUUGAUUUGCGUCACUACCACAUAUGCAUACAGGGUGAUGGUAUUC